ACCAAUUCUCAACGUUCAGUGAUUCUCUAAUUUUAUUCAAGAAAUUAGAGUAUUCCCUAUGGCCCCAGCAUCCCAACCCUUGUCUCACCCAAAACCCAUUUCUCUGCAAGAAGAGCAACGUCGAUCAGCCAAUUAUCAUCCCAGUAUUUGGGACCCCAGUGUGAUCAAGUCCUUUACCACUCCAUACACAUAUGAAUUCCACGGUACCAAGUUGGAAGAGCUGAAACAAGAAGCUGAUAAGUUGUUUGCCUCAACCAAAGACACUGCUGCCUUGUUAAAGUUAAUUGACUCAUUGCGGAGGCUUGGUGUGGCCUACCAUUUUCAGAAACAGAUUGCAGAGGCUUUGACUCAAUUGCAUGUUGAUCGAAAUGUCUCCAUUAAUGACCUUUCCACAGCUGCUUUGUAUUUUCGCCUUCUUCGAGAGCAUGGUUAUCGAGUUAGUGCAGAUAUAUUCGAGAAAUUUAAAGGUGGAGACGGGAAGUUCAUGGACAGCUUAAGUGGAGAUGUUGAGGGGCUUUUGUGCUUGGAUGAAGCUUCAUUCUUGGGAGUGCAAGGGGAAAAAAUUCUUGAACAGGCAAAGGGUUUUGCCAGUGAAAGUCUCAAGACUUUAAUAGGGAAACUGGACAAAAAUAAGGCUAAGCAUGUUCAACAGUCGCUGGAGGUUCCGCUUUACUGGAGGAUGGAAAGGAUUGAAGCACGAAACUUCAUUGACUCCUACCAGAUGGAUGAUACAAAGAGCUCAGUUUUGCCGGAGCUGGCUAAGUUAGACUACAAUCUUAUUCAAUCAGCUUACCAGCAAGAACUGAAAGAACUAGCAGAGUGGUGGAGGGAAUUGAACUUCAAGGAGAAGCUUAGUUUCAGCCGAGACCGAUUGAUGGAAAUAUAUUUCUGGGCUACAGGGUUAAGCUUUGAGCCCCAAUAUUCCAAAUGCAGGAUAUGCUUCACUAAAUACGCAUGCUUGGCAACAGUAGUUGAUGACAUAUAUGACAUAUACGGAUCAGUCGAUGAACUUGAGAGUUUCACAAAAGCAGUGACUGGGUGGGAUGUCAAGGCCGUUGAAGAACUUCCAGAGUACAUGAGAGUAAUGUUCUCAGCCAUAUCUGAAUUUACUAAUGAAUUGGCCAGAGAGACCUCGAAAGAUCAUGGGCUGGAUGUUCUGCCCUACAUCCAGGAGCAGUGGGCUAUACUUUGCAGAGCACAUAUCACAGAAGCCAGAUGGUUUUAUGGUGGUCACACUCCAACUUUUGAUGAAUAUAUACAAAAUGGAUGGAUAUCAAUAGGCAGUCUAGGAGGGCUGGUUCUUCUUUGUUUUGUAGAAGCAGACUCCAUAGUUGAACAAUUCCCGCAUUGUCUCAAAGACUACUCUCAGUUAUUUUACUGGUCAUCUCUCAUCACCCGACUCAGCGAUGAUCUGGGUACCUCCAAGGCUGAGAUGGAGAGAGGGGAUAUACCAAAAGCUGUGCAGAGUUACGUGAUCGAAAAAGGUGUAUCUGAAGAAGAAGCAAGAGAUCACGUAAAGAACCUGAUAAGCGAUUCAUGGAAGAAGAUCAAUGAGGAAAUUGUUGACAAUACUUUCCCUGAAGUUAUAGUAAACUUAUCAAAGAACAUGGCUCGAACAGCUCAGUGCAUGUACCAGCAUGGAGAUGGAGUCGGUACUUCCACCGGAGUGACUAAAGAUUGUAUUGUUUCAUCCAUCCUUAAGCCCAUCUCAAUUUAAGAACAUGGAUUAAUCUUUUACAUGUUUUAUCAAGGAAAAGAGAUUUUAAUUUUAGACCAAUAUUUGGUUGUAAGGUGUGGAAAUAAAUUAGAAUGUUGUUGUAGGAAAUAAAUCAAUGUAUGGGAUGACUCAACGAUUAAAACUUGGAAGUUUGUUAAUUGAUUGAAUUGAAGGUAUAAGUGUUAGAUUUUUUUGUAAAA